AUGCCGGAGAUGCCGGAGCCGUCGCAGAAAGUGCUCGUGCGCGAGCCGCUCCUCAGCGUCAUCGACUCCGGCGACGUCGCGGGCCUCGCGCGGCUGGUGCGGAACGACCCGACGCUGGACCUCGCGCAGCCCUACGACGACUUUCGCACGCCGUCGCUCGCGCACCGCGCGCUGGAGCUCGGCCACACGCACCUGCUGCGCUGCAUGCUCGCGACGCGCCCCGAGCUCGCGCUGGCGCCGGGACUGCACGGCGCGUCGCUGACGCACCUCGCGGCGCGCCGCGGCAACGUCGACGCCGUGUCGCUGCUGCUCCGCUACGUGGGCCGGGCCGCGCUCGACGCGCCGGACCAGCUCGGCUGGUCGCCGCUGCACGACGCGGCGAUGGAGGGGCAGUUCGCUGCGGUGCGAUACGUCGCGAGGCGGGGCGCCGACGUCGGCCUCGAGACGCGCGACGGCCAGACGGCCGCGGAGCUCUCGCGGACGUCGGGCUGCCGCGACGCGGUCGCCAUCGCCGACUGGCUCGAGGCGGUGGUCCGGGCCGGCGGCGUCGGGCCGUUCCUCGCCGCGGAGAAGUUCCCGUGGGUCAAGCUCCGGUGGCUCGCGGAGCGGCGCCGCGCGGCGCCGUCGCUCGUCUACGGCCCGAGGUGGCUCGCGCUCGCGACCUUCGUC